AUGCAUGAUCGUGGUAAAGCUUGGAAGGCUGCUGCUGCAAGGGUGUUGUCUGGGAUGCGCGAAUCAUUUUGUGUCACUCACUUGGUAAGAAACUUCAACUCGAAAUUCGGCUCGGAUUCGGAUGGCAAGAUUGAGCUUGCUGCAGCAGCAUUGACAAGAGAUGUGCACCGAGGCUACUUGGAGAAAAUCGAGGAGGAAUGCCCGGGGGGGAAAGAGUACUUAGAGAGAGAAGGUUUGGGCGCUCAUUGGGCUACCUUUUUAUUCGGUGCAGCGCGAUUUGGCUGCUACACAUCUAACCCGGUGGAGUCACACCAUGCCUCCAUGCAUAAAAUAAGGAGGGACAAUCCUGCGCAAGUGUUGCUUGAGUUUAUAACACAGCAAGCGACCGCAAUGCAGGAGGGGCGUCAGCUGUAUGGGGAUCUUGGGGUCGCUGAUUUCCCCGAGAAGACAGCAGCCAUCAUCCGGGCAAACUGCCAAACGGGGACGCAGUAUGGUGUGGAAAAGACGGGCCAAAGUGCAUACCACGUGAGCCGCACCACAGGCGCUAAGGAGGAGCGUGUGGUGAACAUGGAGGUGGAGCAUCCUGAGAAGACGCGAUGCUUGUGUAAUUAUUCUAUACAGUCACGCGGCAAUGAGCUGACGGAUGUGCAACAGGCGGUGCAGGCCAUGGUCCACAGAUGUUACACUUCAGCGGCAUUAAGGGAACUCUACAGCACGGAGGUUAAAACGGUGGACCGCACUGAGUUCACACCUGAUCGGGAGGAGGAGCAACGCGUGGUGGAAGGGCAGGGAGGGGAGGAGGAGCAACGCGUGGUGGAAGGGCAGGGAGGGGAGGAGGAGCAACGCGUGGUGGAAGGGCAGGGAGGGGAGGAGGAGCAACGCGUGGUGGAAGGGCAGGGAGGGGAGGAGGAGCAACGCGUGGUGGAAGGGCAGGGAGGGGAGGAGGAGCAACGCGUGAUGGAAGGGCAGGGAGGGGAGGAGGAGCAACGCGUGGUGGAAAGGCAGGGAGGGGAGGAGGAGCAGAGAGUGGGGGAAUGGCCGGAAGGGGAGGAGCAGCAACAAGUGGGGAUAUGGCGGGAAGGGGAGGAGGACCAGAGAGUGGGGGAAUGGCGGGAAUGGGAGAAGCAGCAGAGAGUGGGGGAAUGGGGGGGAUGGGAGGAGCAGCAGAGAGUGGGGGAAUGGCGGGGAGGGGAGGAGCAUCUGAGAGUGGGGGAAUGGCAGGGAUGGGAGGAGCACCAGAGAGUGGGGGAAUGGGGGGGAUGGGAGGAGCACCAGAGAGUGGGGGAAUGGCGGGGAGGGGAGGAGCAUCUGAGAGUGGGGGAAUGGCAGGGAUGGGAGGAGCACCAGAGAGUGGGGGAAUGGGGGGGAUGGGAGGAGCACCAGAGGGUGGGGGAAUGGCGGGGAGGGGAGGAGCAUCUGAGAGUGAGGGAAUGGCAUGGAGGGGAGGAGCAGCAGAGAGUGGGGGAAUGGCGGGGAGGGGAGGAGCAUCAGAGAGUGGGGGAAUGGCAGGGAGGUUUGGGAGGACUCGCUGCAUUUGUGGGAAUGGCUAGUUUGAGUGGAAGUGAGGUGCACAUUGAUCAGAACAACCCCACAAGUGGCCACGCCAGACGCCAGAACAGUGACAAUGUUAUUCGUUUUAGAUUGCGGCAAAUGCAGCACCUUCGUCAGCAAAGAGAGGUGGCACCAGAGUCGAGGAAUGGUGACCAGAUGCCAGUUGCAGAAGAAGAGGGAGGGAUGGGAGGUGGUAUAGAGGUUACAGGCGGUAGAGAUCAGGCCCCUUUACCUGAUACCCAAGAAUCAAUUGUUGUGGAUAACCCCUUGUUUAGGGGACAGGCGGAGGUCGCUUGUGAUCACAACGAGGACAUGCUGCAGGAUCAACAGCACGUGCGGUUAGGGCAAAAGCGACGUCCAGCAGGGACAGCAGCAGGGACAGCAGCAGGGACAGUGGCAGGGACCGUGGCAGGGACAGCAGCCGCAGCAGUCGCAGCAGCAGCAGCAGCAGCAGCAGCAGCAGCAGCAGCAGCAGCAGCAGCAGCAGCAGCAGCAGCAGCAGCAGCAGCAGGGGCAGCAGGGGCAGCAGGGGCAGCAGGGGCAGCAGCAGGGGCAGCAGGGGCAGCAGCAGCAGCAGCAGCAGCAGCAGCAGCAGCAGCAGCAGCAGGGGCAGCAGGGGCAGCAGCAGCAGGGGCAGCAGCAGGAGGGGCAGCAGCAGCAGCAGCAGCAGCAGCAGCAGCAGCAGCAGCAGCAGCAGCAGCAGCAGCAGCAGCAGCAGCAGCAGCAGCAGCAGCAGCAGCAGGGGCAGCAGCAGCAGGGGCAGCAGCAGCAGCAGCAGCAGCAGCAGCAGCAGCAGCAGCAGCAGCAGCAGCAGCAGCAGCAGCAGCAGCAGCAGCAGCAGCAGCAGCAGCAGCAGGGGCAGCAGGGGCAGCAGGGGCAGCAGCAGCAGCAGCAGGGGCAGCAGCAGCAGCAGCAGCAGCAGCAGCAGCAGGGGCAGCAGCAGCAGCAGCAGGGGCAGCAGCAGCAGCAGCAGUCGCGUGGACAAUGGCUGCAUCUGGAGGAACUUUUGAGGGUUUUGCAACAACAGCAAAUGGACCAACAUCAGCAAGUGCUACUCCCGUCUUUGCCAUGGAUCGGCGUGGCUAUCCGCCCGGUCCGUCCGGGUGGGAUCCUAAUUCACCCAAUCCACCACCCAUGGAUCAGCGAUAUAAUCAGCCGCCGCCUUCACAGCACUAUCCACCUCCGCAGCAGCAACAACCGCCGCCGCAGCAGCAGCAGUUUCAGCAGCAAGCCUCUUAUCCUCCAUACAGCCAGGGUCCGCCUCAGGUUCCGCCGUACAGCCAGGGUCCGCCUCCCCCUUACGGCGGAGGUCCCCCACCAGCAUCUUAUAACGAGCCGCCGCCACAGCCUUAUAACCCGCCGCCGCCGCAGUACCAGCCUUACGCCGGCGGUGCUCCGUACGCCGGCGCGCCUCCUCCCCAGACGAGCUACAGCCCGCACCCACCCGCGUAUGGCGGGCCGGCACCUGCCCCGUGGAAGCAACGUCAGCAGCCGCAGCAGCCGGAGGAGGAGAGGGGAAGAGACAGGGACGAACGUGGCCGCGACCGCGACCGGGACCGCGAUCGGGAUCGCGACCGGGAUCGGGAUCGGGAUCGCGAUGGUUCGUCGAAGCCGUCGCUGAAUCGCUACCCGCCGCCGCAGAGCUUAUACAGCGACCCGCUUAAGCCUACUCCGAGCUCAAUCUACGAAGACGAGUCGCCGCGCAAAUCGAAGCCCAAGGUGGAAGUGGUCAUGGGGAAGGCUGCCGGAGCGGAUGCUACGACCGGAGCUGCUACUUCCGCCAUGACUCAGAUUCUUGCCGCAAGAUCUGCCGUUUCUGCGCUUCUCGCGGCGACGAACCCGCAACUGGCGGCGGCGCAGCAGCGCGCCGCGGCUGUCUCCGCCGCGAUCACCGGAUCGACGGGAUCUGGCGGCACGAGCUCUGCUGCGGCGGCGAUUGCGGCGGCCGCCGCUGCAGCAAAGAACCCGUUGCUGGCGAGUAACCCGAUUCUCGCGGCGCAGGUCGCGGCGAUCGGCGGGUCGAACGCCGCUUCUGCCGCUGUAACGAAGGCCGCGUUACUGGCCGCCGCCGCGAACAGCGCGAAGCUGGGAGCAGUUAACCCGGGACUCGCCAUGGCCCUGGCUAUGGCUGCUGCGAAGCAGGCGGAAGCGGCGCGGGCGGAAGGGACACCCGCGGAGGGGGACAAGGACAAGAAGGCGGAAGACCGGGCGGGGGAGAAGCGCCGGCGCUCCCGCUCCCGCUCGCGCUCCCCGUACUUCCGCCGAGGGAGGGGGAGGUCGUUUUCCCGCUCCCCUCCCCGCCGCCGAUCCAGGUCCCCGGUCCGCGAGAGGAAGCCUGGGUCCGUGUCGCCCACGCGCAGGAGCCCGUCGCCCAGGCCGACGAGCACGGUGCUCAUCCGCGGCAUCGCGCCGUGGGCUGUGGAGGCGGAUAUUUUUGCGCUGCUGGUAAGGGCCGCCGCCGCGUGUGCUUGUGUUGCUCUUGAGGGCGAGUGGGGGCCGUUGAAGGAGGUGCGAGUCAUCAAGGAGCGAGCCACCGGGUUCAACAAGGGUUUCUGUUUCGUUGAUCUCGAGACUGUGGACGCGGCAAAGGCGCUGGUGGAGGGUGCGAGGGGCAAGGAGCUAAAGAUGGAUGACCGCUUGCUCUUGUUCCACUACAGCAAGCCGCUGCAAGGGGCGGAGGACGGGGGGCCACUUGCGGACAGCAGUUCGGGGAAGCCCCUCGACUGGGUCUGCCCCUCCUGUGGUGUCAAUAACUUCGCCCGCCGCUCUGAGUGCUUCAAGUGUGUGACCCGCAGGCCUGCCAAUCCCGUCACUGUUGCUGACAGGGGCGAGGAGAGGGGAGGCAGAGGCGGAGGAGACGAGUGGGGGGGGCGAGGAGGAGGGAGGGCGGCGCCCGUUGCUGCGGCCAUGGGUCCAGAUGCGUCGAACGUGCUUAUAGUGAGAGGUCUGGACGACAGCGUCCACGAGGAGAGCCUCAGGCAGGAGUUUUCCCAGCACGGUUCCGUUACUGACGUGCGUAUGAUGCGGGACAAGAUCACUCUCAAGUCACGCGGAUUCGCAUUCGUCACCCUCGGCUCUGUGGAUCAAGCCACGCGUGCCAUGCUCACAUGCCACAACAAGCGCCUCUUCAAAGGCGGGCCGGUCAUGCGAGUGGCGUAUGCGCGCGGCCCCAACCACGGAGUGCCCUCCACGCCCCUUGCUGACGCUGCUACCGCUGCGUACGCCGCUGCUGCUGGUGGCAGCGCUGCUGAGGAUACUGACGUCAUGGCUCAGAUGGAGGCGUCUGGGUGGAUGCCAAAGGAGUAUGACGAGGCGGCGGCGGGGGGGCAGCAGCAGGCGCAGACGGGCGGUGGCUUUGUGUGGGAUGAGGCGUCGGGGUAUUACUACGACAGCACCACUAGCUUCUAUUACGACAGUGCCUCAGACCUCUACUACCACUCGGACUCGCGCCAGUGGUUCCGAGGGGCAGCAGGAGGGGCAGGAGGGGGAGAAGGUGGUGCUCCUGCUCUACCGCAGGGGUAUUCUGGUGCUCCCCCGGAGGGCUAUGGGGGAUACAGUCAGGCGUAUGGGCAGCAGCCGCCUCCCUAUGGCCAGCCGCCCCCUUACGGCCAGUACCCUCCCCCACAGCCGGGGCCUUAUGGGGCACCGGGAAGGGGCGGCGGCGGAGUGUUGCGGCUAGGCGUGUUGGAGAAGUAUGUUCCGCGCGCGGACGGGGGAGUGCGGAAGGGGUUCCGCGGGCGGAAGAGAUACAUGGCGCCGCAGCGGACGCAUCUUUCCGCCAACGAGCUCCGGAAACGUCGAAAGGUGCUUAACGAUGCGAGAACUGUGCAGAAGUACCGAAAGAUGAUUGGGCGGGAGAGGAAGGCAUCAGGGACCGACCGGACGAACGGAUUGCUGGGGGGUGAUGGGAGGAUGGAAGAGGAGGGAGACGAGGGGGAAGGGGAAAAGGAGGAAGAGAAGGAGGAGGAAGAGGAAGUAGAGGGGGAUGAGGAUGGGGAAGAGGAAGAGGAGGAGGAAGAGGAAGCAGGUCAAGAGGACGAUUCAAGUGAUGAAGAGGAGGAGGAGGGAGCAGGGGAAGAGGACCAUGGGGCGGAUGGCCUAGGAUCGGGAUCAAAACGGGAGGAGGGCGCACAGGAGUGGGAGAGAAGUGGUGUGAGCAAGGGGAGGGGACGAGGCCGGGGAUCGGGAGGCGGGAGGGGAGGAGAGAGAGGGGUGGCGGGUGGAAAUGCGAGGGGUGCUGAGGGUGGGAGGGGAGGAGGGGAGGGUGUGAGGCAGAGGCCGUUGAAUCGGCUGGAGAGGAUAUGGAAGAAGAGAGAGGAGGAGGCUGCGAGACAGGCGGCAGAGAGGGAAGCGAAGAGGAGGGAGAUGGAGGAGGGGAGGAGAAAGAGGGAGGAGGUGGAGAGGAGGAGGAGGGAGUUGAGAGGGCAGAUGAGGAAGAGGACAAAGAGCGGGCAGGUGGUGAUGAAAGUUAGGAUGGAGCAUCUGCUGGAGUCGAUUCAACGCAGUCAGGGGAAAUAG